AUGAGACAGAAUGUUACACUGAUUCUGUCGACUGUCGUAAACGCCGUCGGCAACACCCUGAUGUACUUAUCGUUCACCUACGCCGCCCCCGGAAUCGCGUUUGGAAUAAUCCAAGGAACCGUACCGCUGUUUACAACCUGUAUUGGCUUUCUAAUACUAAAGGAAACCGUGACUCUUAUUCCGUGUUGUGGGAUACUCAUCAGUUUGAUAGGAGUGGUUCUAGUUGGUAUCGGGAUGGGAAACCAGGGCGCAGACUCUACCCAAAAGCUCGUCGUGUCGAUCCUCUUGCCUCUGGCUGCUGCUUUGACCAGAGCGCCAGGGAUGGUACUGUCUCGUGCUGUUCUGAAGGACCUUUCGGGUCUUACAAUAGUGCUGUACUUAUCGUUGUUUGGAACAGUGGCCCAGUUCAUACUGACUAACUCGCUGGAGACACCUGUAUGGACCAUGUCGGCACAAACAGCAGGGUACGUGGCAGGCUUGGGCAUAUCGCAGUCGCUCGCAACAUUAGCCAUGUUGGGUGUACUAGAUGUUGAAAAGGCAUUCAUCGCUGUUGCCAUGGGAACGCUGGUGGUACCAAUGACCAUCUUUCUGGACUACCUCUUCCUGUCGAAGGUACCGGGACUACUGAAGUGGGUGGGCUUGUCUCUGGUGGUACUGGGUACGGUGGUACUUAGUAUCUACACUUGGUGGAAGCAUCAUCAAGGGGAAAAGCACAAAAAACUACUGGAAAAUCUGGACUUUUCACAUCUGCAAGAUGAUGAAGACUGA